AACGACCAGUUAUUCGAGCAUGUAUUGGGUUUGCUUUGAUUGAUUCGUAUAUAUUUCCUCGGGUUUUGAAUUUGAUACUCUAGUUUGAUGUAGCUGAAUGAGUUUGUGUGUUAAUUGUGUGGAGGCCAAUGGAUGUUUGAUUGCAACAGCAAUGUUAGUUUAUUCACAUGAAGCUCAAAAAAAAAAGAAAAAAAGAGCGAGCUGUUGUGUUUGCAUGACCGGAAUUUGCUCUGCUUUGUGAUUUUCAUGUGCCAAUUCACUUGGGAGAGUUUAAGGUUGAACCUCAUUUGGUUGGACCCUUUUUGUGUUUCAUCUGGUUUACAGAAGGUUUAUGUUUGAUUUACCAUGUCAAGAUUUUACUGUGAAAGUUGGUUAUGAUUUAUGAAGUACCGAGAGUCAAAACCUGGUUUGACAUGUAGGAUGGCAUAUAGGAAGUGUAGUCCUAAUUUUAUUUCCUUUGGCAAUGUAUAAUUUUGAAUUACUAAAUAUUUAAUUUGAUAAUCCAACCGUGCUGUUAGCUGAUUUCGAGGUGAAAUAACAUGUUGAAUUCAUAGAAGUAAAUGAAAUGUAUGCUAAAGGUUUAAUAAGGGAUAGGAUCUUUUAUUUGGCUAUGAGCUUCAUGAGGAAAGAGAGGUACUUUAUUAGCUGUUAUGGAAAAACAGGCCGUAAGUUCUUCUGUCUUUCUGUUUCUUCUGUUCUUUGAGCUUUGUUUCAAAUAGGACAAGGACUGCUGCAAUGAGAAUUUGAGAAUGUUUUUGACGACUCAACGCGCAGAUCUUACAUUGUUACUCUUCUGGUUUUAAGAAAGUUGCACAAAUAUUUAAGAUAGCUUAGCCUUCUAAGCAUAUUGAUGCUGCAAUUUUGGCUGAGCACGAGAGAAAAUAGAGAAGCAGCAAAGCAAGGGAAUCAACCUUUUUCCCUCAAGAAAUUAUUGUAGGAUGAUUUCCAAUUCAACUACAAAACAAAGAGGAAGGGGCCAGAAUAAGCGUUUCUGGACAACCAAGGAGGAUUCUGUAUUAGUCGAAUCUUUGCAAGAAUUGUAUCACGACACCAAAUGGCGAUCUGAAAAUGGAUUCAAAAAUGGUUACUUGACCCAGAUAGAGGCUAUGAUGGAAGCCAAAAUGCCGGGUUGUGGAAUACAGGCCUCUCCCCAUAUCGAAUCACGAGUUAAAACUUUGAAGAAAAAGUAUCAUGCCUUGGCGGAGAUGUUAUCUCAAAGUAAGUUUGGUUGGAAUGACGAUGAAAUGAUGUUGGUUUGUGAAAGAAGGGUAUAUGAUGAAUGGGUCCAGAAAAGAAAGUAUGCAAAUGGAUUGUAUAGUAAGCCAUUUCCAUACUACUAUAUGUUGGGGGAGAUAUAUGGAAAAGCUCGUGAAGUUGGUGCAUAUAUUGAUAAUGCUGAUGAUGACCAAGAGGAAUUUGGACAGGAGGAUGAGGAUGCAAACAUUGAUCAAAUUCUAGGCGUGAACGAUGAUGAUGCUGCUGGAAAUCUGAAUCUGAAUGUUGAUAUGAAUGUGGAAUCACAAUCUGAGGGGUCAGAAGAGUUUGAUGUAUCAUACACACUUGGUACCCCAAGUGCCCAACAAAGAAGACCUACAGAAAGUGCCCCAAGUGUUUCAGAUCAUGGUCGUAGGGUGAAAGCAAAGGUUAUGGAGGAGAUGAGUAAGAAUGUAAGCACAAUGUCAUCCAAGAUUGAUGCUCUUGUUAAUAUUUUUUCAAGUGAUAAGGAAGUGGCUGAAUUGCAAGCGAAACUUGAUAGUGAGUUGAAAAAGAUUGACGGCCUUACAGAAUUUCAAGUCUUUCGAGCCACGAACAUUUUAGCUCGUCAACAUGACCUGCUGAGAGUGUUCUUCGGCAUGUCCGAGGAAAGGAAACAGACAUAUGUUACAUAUCUGUUGGAACAUGGCGUAUGAUAAAACAUAGGUUAUAUUGCACUUCUUUUUAGUUACAUGGGAAGGGAUCAAAGCACAUAUUUCGUCUUGUUAUCUAGUCAGCUAUGAUUAUAUUAUGUGAUAAACCACAUGGUUACAACUUGUUUUGGUUGCUUAAUUAGUCACUAAUGGAGAUUAUUUUUGGCUAU